AUGGACAUGCUGAAAAUUUUAGCUGACUAUGCUUAUGGCCAGCAGCAAUAUCAAAUCGGGAAUUAUACAGUCAAUAUCCAAGAGAAGCUUUCAGAAGGCGGGUAUGCAUAUGUUUACAAAUGCGUCGAUAUAAAUACAAACAAAGAAUACGCUCUUAAAAAAAUUUUAUGCCAAGAUCAAGAACGCUAUAGAAUGGCGCAGCGAGAAGUCGAAGUUAUGCGAGCUAUCCCAGAAAAUGAUAAUAUCGUCAGAUUUUAUGAUUCCACAGUCAUUACAGAAGGCAAAACGAGGUCAGUUUUACUACUUUUAGAGCUCUGUACUGAAGGGACACUUAUAAAUCUCCUAGAAAAAUAUAAUGGCCAGCUUUCACUUCCCCAGAUUUUUAUAUACCAAUUUAAUAAAAUAUCUUGUCAUUAUAAUAAUUUUUAAUAUAUAGAAAAAGGCUGCUAUUAAAAUUUUAUUUCUAUAUAAAUAAAUAUAUAUCAUAAAAGAAAUAUUAACAGCAGUCCAAGUAGUCCACAGAGCAGGCUUUAUCCACAGAGACCUGAAAGUAGAAAAUAUCCUUUUACACAACAAAAAAUUCAAGCUUUGUGACUUUGGAAGCUGCACUUCAGAAAUAAUCGAGCUAUCAACUGCAUCGAGAAACGAUUUAUUGAGUUAUCAAGAAACUUUUGAACGAGAAACUACUUUAAUGUACAGACCCCCUGAAAUGAUAGAUUUAUAUGCAAGGCACCGAAUUGAUUUUAAAGCAGAUGUCUGGAUGAUUGGCUGCAUUCUAUAUACUUUACUCCCUCAGUGAGUGAACAAAAACAUUGGGAAAAUCCCUAUUUUUGGCUAAAAAUUCACCUCUGUGAGAGAAGUUUUAAUAUAAAUUUUUUUAUAAAAUAUUUUGAUAUAUAAAUGGGAAUUCGUAUGAUGAAGUCUCUCGAUCUAGUUCUGUUGAAUUUUAAACAGCUUGAAUUCUAAAAUAUAAACUUUACAAUUUAAAUUGAUUAUUGCGAGAAAAAAAAAAUUUAAUAUAAAAUUUAUAUAGGAGGUUAGGGAGUUAGCAUUUUUCAGACAUCCUUUUCAAGACCAAGCUCAAUUAGCUAUUGUUAAUGCCCAUUAUUCAUUUCCACAAGGGUCAAGAUUUAAUAAUAAAUUCCAUAGUUUUAUUGCGUGGAUUUUAAACCCCAUUCCUGCACUGAGACCUUCUGUGGAUGAGUUAAUUAAUGCUAUAGAAAAUUAUGAGUCGGUUGGAAAUUUUGGAAAUUCAGCCCCACAGCAGUCUCAGGCGAAAAAUGUGAGGAAAAGGGAAGAUAGAGAUAUGACUGAUGAAGAAAUUCAAAGAGAAAUUAUGAAGAUCAGAAACCAAGGAGCACAGCCAAAACCAAGACCAAAAGUUGAUACAAGACAAAAUCAGCCACAGAAUAUAUGGAGUGCUCCGGCUUCAGUUCAAGUCACCCAACAAACUCAGCAGCAAACUGUAGAAAAUGCUAAUUUAUUAGGGUUUAGCCCUCCAAAAGGUUCAAACAACGCAGGCUGGGCGAAAUUUUAA